AUGGCGCAGUUGGCCAGCGCUGCUCUCUACGAGACAGUCAUCCACACGCAAUAUGGUUCUAUUCAAGGCUACCCCGCCUUCAACAGCUCACCGACGGGCAAUCUGACUCAUUGGAAGGAUAUCACUGUCUGGAAGGGUAUUCCCUUUGCCGCUACGACGGCAGGCCAGAACCGCUUCCGGGAACCCCAGCCGGCGAGUGCCUGGAACAAGACCCUGGACGCCCGGGAAUGGGGCCCUGUCUGUCCGCAAGCUACCUCUGGCCAGACCGGGUUCACGAUUGACGAAGACUGCCUGAACCUGAAUAUCUGGAGCGCGGCCAAUUCCACCGAUGCUAAGUUGCCUGUGGUGAUGUGGAGUUAUCCUGCCGAAUCCACGGCUGCCGACCCUUUAUUUGACGGCGGGGGGAUGGCCGACAAGGGCAUUGUCUUUGUGAAUUAUAACUACCGGACCGGUGCCUUUGGCUGGCUGGCACACCCCGAGCUCUCUGAAGAGUUCUAUCAAGUCACCGGCUCCAACUCCUCGGGCAACUGGGCCAUGCUUGAUCAGUUCGCCGCACUGAAAUGGAUCCAUGAGAACAUCGCCGCGUUUGGGGGAGAUCCAGACCAUAUCACUGUCCAGGGCCAGUCUGCCGGGUCCGCCGCGACACAGCACAUCCUUAAUAGUCCCUUGACAGCCGGGCUGAUUGUCGGGGCCAUCAUCGAAAGUGGCGUGCGGGAUCCCCAGGACCCCAUGUGCGCGACGGUGGCCGAGAACUACAAGACUCUCAGCUACAAACUCAACCAGGGAGUGGAAUAUCUGGCCUCGCUCAAUCUCACCACCAUCGCUGAACUGCGCGCUUUGCCCAUGGAAGACCUCGUUUCAUCUGGUACUGCCAACAGUGCCGGCUGGACCGCCGGGCUAGACUACUACGCCAUGCCAGACACUUACUAUAACACGCUCAUCCAUGGUCUGGCGCAUAAUGUGCCCGUAAUAACGGGCAAUGCGAAAGACGAGAACGGGGCAACAUGGAACUUGAGUAUCACGUUGACGGAAUAUCUGGCUGAUAUGAAUGAGACCUUUUACGCCUCAGGGGAUGAUGGGCACUGGCUCGAUGACUUUCUCGAUGUAUACUGGGCAAACGACUCCCGCACCGCCGCCGCAGCGUAUAACCUCCAAUGGGAUGACCGAUCAACCAUUGGCACUUGGAUGUGGGCGCAGAUGUGGUACACGGCGCGUACAGCCCCUGUCUACACGUAUUUCUGGGACCAUGCACCUCCUGGCGAGGACCGGGGUGCCUACCACGAAUCGGAAAUCAAUUAUGUCUUGAAUAAUCUGUACGAUACAGAUUUGCCUUGGGAAGCGAUUGAUUAUGUGAUUGCCGACAAGAUGAAUUCAUACUGGGUCAAUUUUGCGAAAACGGGAAAUCCGAACGGGCUGGACGCGAAUGGAGAUCCAUUGGUUGAAUGGCCUGCCACAAGUGACAGUGAGGUGGUCCAAAGAGUGGGAAAUGCAUGGGGCCCGAUUGCCGUUGCUUCGGAGACCGAUCCAAAGGCCAAGAUAAAGCUCUUUCAAGACUGGUUUGCGGUGCAGCCAAAGUUUUGA